AUGAAGCUGGCCACAGGCUGCUUGAUUCUGUGGCUCAGCCUGGGGGGUGGCUUGGCCCAAAGUGACACCCCCCGCCCUGACACAGAGGAAUCCUAUACGGACUGGGGCCUUCGGCACCUACGGGGCAGCUUUGAAUCUGUCAACAGCUACUUCGACUCUUUUCAGGAGCUGCUGGGAGGAAAGAAUGGAAUCUGUCAGUACAGGUGCCGCUAUGGAAAACCACCGAUGCCCAGGCCUGAUUACAAGCCACAGGAGCCCAAUGGCUGCGGCUCCUAUUUCCUGGGUCUCAAGGUACCAGAAAGUGUAUGUACCACUAACACUGCCUUGAUUGGUUUUAUUGAGACUAAUCCAGCAUUAUCACUAAUGGAAACAAUCAUUCAACAGAAUCAAGUUGAGCAAUCAGCCUGCGAUUCACUGGUUGAUACUGUUUUCAAUACUGUAUGGACCUUGGGCUGCCGCCCCUUUAUGAAUAGCCAGCGGGCAGCCUGCAUCUGUGCAGAGGAAGAAAAAGAAGAGCUGUGA